CCCUCCAACAGGAAGAAAAAAGAGGAAAAAAACAAACCAAGACAAGAAACAUACAAUUAAAACAACAACAAAAGCAAAGGCAAAAUAGAGAAAACAAAUCUUAAAGCGCACGUUAUCUGAAGAUUUCAGCUUUCCUUCUUUGUCCAGAAAUUACAAAACUCUUUCUGCUGAAGAUGGCUCCCAAACUGAGCGAAGAGGAGAUUGACGACCUCGUCUACUUGGCGCGAGCGGGUGAGGCGACGGAGCUGACGGAACUUAUCUCGACGCUUGCAACCCGGGAAGGCGUCAGCGACGCCGAAAUACUUUUGCAAGCCAGAGAUGAGGGAAAGUCGACUUGUUUGCAUAUGGCGACAGGGAAUGGGCACCUAGAAAUCGUCAAGUACCUUAUCAGCUUGUUCGGAAAACGCCCGGCCACGGAGAGGCAGGAAUACUUGGACGCAGCCAACGAGUACGGCAACACGGGUCUGCAUUGGGCAUCGCUGGGUGGACACCUCGAGGUCGUCAAGGUGCUUGUGGACGCGGGGGCGAGCCCGGCGUUAGCGAACGACAAGAACUACGUGCCACUGGAUCUAGCAAGUUUCAACGACCAUGUGAAAGUGGUUGACUAUUUUCUGGAGCAGGCCAAGAAGCUCGAGACGGAUGACGGGGAGAUGGGGCUAGGGGGUGCGGUAGAGGGGAUGGGCGUUGGUGGGGCUAGUGGGAAGGACGGAGAAGAUGAAGGAGAAGAGGAGGUAGUUGUGAUGAAGGCUGGUGAUGUCAGCCAAUCCUGAGAGAAGUAGGAUGCUGGAUGGCGAAAUGGUGAUUCCAUGACAUCCUCGGGGGCUAUAAAAGGGCAGGGAGGAUAGGUGAUCACGUGUGUCCUUGCUGAUCUGGGUAAUAAUCCUUUGAAGAAAAAGAAAAAAAAAAGGAAAAAAAGAAUAAGUAUCAAGUGAAGGACAGUUUGUCUAGGAAUGACACAGGAAAGCCGUAAAUCUCUUGCGAAACCAGAACAAAUGCACAGCGAGCCACUUAUCCCGAAUGCCAAACCGGCUCUCUGUUGGUACAACCAGUCAACAGGUCUGUAAGAAAUAUAGCACAUAGUCUGAUAAGAAUCAAAUAAAUAGCUGAAAAUGACGCAAAUGAAAGCAUUUAAGAUACCUAAAUUUUCUGCGAAUCAGGAUGUAGGUUACAAAAAAGCACGGAUUUGGUUGUGUAGGAAGAAUAAAAUACAAAAAUUAAGAGCACUGGGUCACAUAUGCACUAAAACUUAGAAUAAUGAUGAAUGCAACUUUCCGGGGAAUUUGUGAUUGUUU